AUCACGUAAAGGGCACCGCGUCAUUGCUGCCCUGCAAAGGUUUAAUAUUUACUCGAUAAUCCCAACCGUGCAUACACGAUGGUAUUUCUUCGACGAGCGGCUCAGGCGAAGACGCGAGUGCUUUCGGCAAGAUGGCUCUCAACGACAGCACGAGAUGCUCACGAGCCAUUCCGUUUAGCUGUAAUUGGUUCAGGUCCAGCGGGAUUUUACACUGCCUAUAGGAUCAUGAACAAAAUUCCUAAUGUAACAGUCGACAUGUACGAAUCUUUGCCGGUCCCGUUCGGUCUCGUCAGACACGGCGUUGCUCCGGACCAUCCAGAAGUCAAGAAUUGUCAAGAAAAGUUUGAAGAGGUUGCUUCAUCUCCCAACUUUCGGUUCCUAGGCAAUGUGUCUGUUGGUCACAGAGAAGGAGAUGCUUCAUCGCAACAGUGCCAUGUCCAGCUGCAGUCUCUGCUGCAAAAUUAUGACUCUGUUCUUAUGUCUUACGGUGCCUCUGAAGAUAAGAAGCUUGGGAUCUCAGGAGAAUCUAAGCUGAGCGGAAUCUACUCGGCUAGAGAGUUUGUUGGCUGGUACAACGGUUUACCAGAAUGCGCCGGUCUCGAACCGGACUUAGGCGGGGAGGAUGCCAUCGUCAUUGGACAAGGAAAUGUUGCAAUGGAUGUAGCGCGAAUGCUGCUUGAGGAUGUCGAUGUUUUGAGAAAGACAGACAUAGCCGAACAUGCUCUACAGCAUCUUGCGCAAAGUCGUGUGAAGCGAGUGCGCGUUGUGGCCAGACGAGGGCCGAUGCAAGCGGCGUUUACGAUUAAAGAGGUCAGAGAGCUGAUGAAGCUUUCCAAUGUUGCUUUUCAUCCAGUGGAUCGAUCUCUCAUUCCAGACGAUUUAAAAUCACUUCCACGUGCUUCGAAGCGACUCAUGGAAGUGCUUUUGAAAGGAACGACGAAUUUACCAACAGCCACCGCGCGUUCUUGGUCUCUUGACAGCUGUCUUUCGCCUACUGGGUUUCUUGCUCAAACCAGCAACCCCAAUCGGGUCGGUAGCACAGAAUGUGACGUAACGCAACUGGAAUCGCCAUUUGAUCCGAAGUCUAGAGUCAGUGCAACUGGAGAGACGAUUGCUCUACCAUCCAACGUCGUUUUCCGAUCAGUGGGAUAUCGUUCAAUAGCACUCGAAGGGUUUUCUGAAGCCGGAAUACAAUUCGAUAAUGCCAAGGGAACUGUUAGCAACGAUGGCUUGGGUCGGGUUACAGGCUUGAUCUCUGCAAACAGCGGAGACGUUGCGAACCAAGUCCCAGGCCUGUACUGUGCCGGGUGGCUGAAGAAUGGUCCUACUGGUGUGAUUGCGUCUACGAUGAGCGAUGCAUUUACAACAGGAGAUGUCAUUAUUCACGAUUGGCUGGCAGGUAAACCGUUUCUCCGCUCUGAUCAGACUUCCCCUGCAAAGGGUUGGGAAGGUGUUUCGAGCGAAAGCAGUACUAGUGAUCCAUCACAUGCAUUGUCAUGGGAUGACUGGAGAAAGAUUGACAGCACCGAAAGGGCUGCGGGCAAGCUAAAAGGAAAAGAGAGAGAAAAGUUCACAAGCGUCAGCGACAUGCUGGCAGUUGUACGAUAGACAUAGAGAGAAAGAUGAUAUUGUGUAGAAAUUGUACAAUAGUGUAUUUAUAAUUUAGUUUUUAACCUUUUCUGUCAGCUCAGGGACCUUCUCAAACAGAUCACCGACCAGACCAACGUCAGCUACUUGGAAGAUGGGGGCAUCCGCAUCCUUGUUAAUGGCAGCAAUGACCUUGCUGUCCUUCAUACCAGCCAAGUGCUGAAUGGCGCCGGAAAUACCGACAGCCAUGUACAGCUGGGGAGCAACAACCUUGCCAGUCUGACCGACUUGCAAGCUGUUGUCGGCGUAGCCACUGUCAACAGCGGCGCGCGAGGCACCAACGGCAGCGCCGAGAGCGUCCGCCAGAGGCAGCAUGACCUUGUCGAAGUCCUCCUUGGACUUGAGACCACGGCCGCCAGACACAACCUUGCCUGCAGUAGCGAGAUCAGGGCGGUCAGACUUGGCGAGGUCCUCCGAAACCCAUUCCGAGGUAGCGGCGGCGUUGGCAUCGGCACCAGCCUCGAUGGCAGCAGAGCCAGAUGUGGGGGCCUCAGCGGCGAAAGCGGUACCGCGAACAGUCAGGAUCUUAACGGGGUCGGUCGAUUCGACAGUGGCGAUGGCGUUUCCGGCAUAGAUAGGUCGGACAAAGGUCGUCUCGUUCUCGAUUCCGGUGACAUCGGACAGCUGCUGAACGUCGAGCAGGGCAGCGACGCGGGGAAGAACAUUCUUGCCAAAGGCGCUGUGGCUGGCAAUAACGUGAGUGUAACCGCCCUUCUUAAUGUUUUCUACCAAAAGCGUGGCGAAGUUCUCAGGGAGGCCCUGUUGUUGUGCAUGUUAGUGGUUUUGGUGCGUCAUUACCUCGGCCAUUAUGCGCAACCCACCUUUUCGUAUGCGGCAUUGUCAAUGGUGAUAAUCUUCUCGAUGCCGUCGACCUUGGCCGCCUCUUCAGCAGCAGACUUGACGCUGGCACCGGCAAGGAAGCCGUGAACGUUGCCUCCGAGCUUUUUGGCCGCAGUAAAGGCGCUCAGCGAGCCGGCGCUCAAUUUGCCCUCGCGCUGCUCGAGCACAGCAAGGACGGACAAUGAGCGCCUCUGUGCCUGAGCCUGGGCAGCAACGCGGCCAAUUGCCUCGCUACCGCGUUGGGCCAAAACUCUCU